AUGUCCAGAUUUCGGAGAUUAGCUAGGCUGAUAGAGGGCAUAACGUUCCCCCGGAGGCUGAUUCUCGCCGACCAGAGAGCAAUAGCCGGACCAGAAGCAGUGCAAGAAUGGAGUCAACAUUCAGCUUGUACAGUGCGACAUACGAGAAGCUUAGUACCGGCAAACUUGUCUGACCGUAGAACAAGUGCAGCUGUAGUUGUACCGGAGUGCGCUCUUAACGGGUUGAGUCAGCGGUGGUCUUAUAACGGGUUGAAUCAACGGUGGUCUUAUAGCGGGUUCAGUCAACGAAGAUUCUGGAGCUCGGCAGCGUCGUCUGGCGAUGCUCUUCCAGCCUCGGCUCCUGAAGUCAAGGUCUUCCGAGCGGGCCCGCAAGGCGAGUACGAGCGGCGGAAGCAGCUGGGGGAGCUGCGAACGGGCGAUCCGUUUCAGGACGAAACCGUGGCGACGCUCCAGAAGCUUUACGACGUGCUGAUCGGAUUCGGAGGCCACCCCGAGUUCCAACUGCAGAAGAGGAAGCGGCGGCCGGCCUUCUGGUCGCUGUUCAUGCGGAAACCACAGAGCCACCCUCCCAUGAGGGGGCUGUACCUGUGGGGCGGCGUGGGCACAGGCAAGACCAUGAUGAUGGACCUCUUCUUCCACGAGCUCCCCGAGUGGAUCACCAAGUCGAGGAUUCACUACCACGACUUCAUGCUCUCAGUGCACUCCAGACUGCAGAAACACAAGGGCACGUCCGACCCCUUGGAGGUUGUGGCGACCGAAAUCACGUCUGAAACGAGAGUUCUGUGCUUGGAUGAGUUUAUGGUAACAGACGUUGCAGAUGCCAUGAUUCUCAACCGCCUCUUCAAGCAUUUAUUCGACAGAGGACUGGUGCUCGUGGCAACAUCUAACCGCCCCCCAAUACGCCUCUACGAGAACGGCCUUCAACGGGACCUCUUCCUCCCCUUCAUCGCUCUCCUCCAGGUGAACCCCCUCUCCCUUGCAGUGCAGGUAACCUCCUACUCUCUUUCCCCACCAGCUAGCUUCAAAACACCUAUUCCGCCGCCACCCCGCCUUCCCUCCACACCACGUCCUCCUGGCUUUGCAAGAACCUCUUCCUCGCCCCGGUUCCAAGGAACCUCUUCCUCCCCUCUUCCUCCACUCGGCCUCCCCUUGGCUUUGCAAUCUCAGUGUGUGGUGCAUGAGAUCCAGUCAAUGACUGACUACAGAAAGCUGGCAGCGGUGGAGCAGGGGUGGUACUUCACAGGCACAGGGGCGGCAGCGCUACUGGGGAAGAAGGUGGAGCUGCUGGUGGGAGGGGCGGACCUGGGCCCUGUGGACGUUGAAGUGCUUAUGGGAAGGAAACUCAGGCAUUUCAUCCUCACUCCCUUCAUCCUUCCCAUCCCCACCAUCAGGGAACUGGCAGCAGUGCACUUAUUUGAGCUCUGUGAUGUGCCUCUCGGUGCUGCAAGGUGCAACGAGCAGCCUGUCGGAAACCUCUGCACCUCCUGCAAGGGGGUCACAGCACUCAGAUUCUUUGACCUCUGUGAGGUGCAACGAGCAGCCAAGGGAGUGGCGGCAGUCAAAUUCUUCGAGCUCUGUGAGAGGUGCCUCUCGGUGCUGCAGGGUGCCGUUCGGAGCCGCAAGGUGCAACGAGCAGCCAAGGGAGUGGCGGCAGUCAAAUUCUUUGAGCUCUGUGAGGUGCCGCUUGGUGCUGCUGACUACUUCGCCCUCUGCAAGAAUUUUCACACCAUAGCCAUGGAGGGCAUUCCCAUAUUUGGGGCGUCUAACAGAGGGGCGGCGUAUCGAUUCGUCACUCUUAUAGAUGUGAUGUACGAGCACAAGACCCGUCUCGUCUGCUCAGCAGAGGGCACCCCCUUUCAGCUCUUUGAGCGUGUGGUUACCAUCGCAAAUGCGCCACGUAGGACAGCUGCCAGGUCAGCGAGAUCCGAGGAUGCUGAUGUGGCAGUGGAUGACGAGCUGGGAUUCGCCAAGGACCGCACAGUCAGCAGGUGA